UGGUAUCCUUCCUUUAACUUGGCUAAGCAUCACCUGCCUUCUCACAUCAACCUUUUCUAAAAUAAACCUGCAUUCAAGUUAUUUUUUUACAAAAAAUUUCCAAGUGUCUAAGCGUCUGCUGACAGGCAUGGGAGAAGGAAGUAUCAAGAAGAGGCAGCCGCACAACGGCACCACUGGUCCCACCGAAAAGGAAAAGACUGAGAAGGCCACAGCGCUUCAAAAAGAUGUUGGCCUGCUGAGUGGGAUUUGUCUAAUUGUUGGAACCAUGAUUGGCUCAGGGAUUUUCAUUUCUCCCAAGUCUGUUUUGCUCUAUUCUGGAUCUGUGGGACCUUGCCUCCUCAUCUGGACAGCCUGUGGAGUGUUAUCCACUUUAGGAGCUCUGUGUUAUGCUGAACUUGGUACCAUGAUCACCAAGUCUGGGGGAGAGUAUCCCUAUCUGAUGGAGGCUUUUGGCUCCAUAGUGGCUUACCUCUACUCCUGGACCACAGUCAUUGUUCUAAAGCCAUCCUCCUUUGCUAUCAUCGCUUUGAGCUUCGCAGAAUACACAGCUACUCCUUUUUACCCUGGCUGUACUCCUCCUACUGUGAUCAUCAAGUGUCUGGCUAUAGCGUCUCUUUUGAUAAUUGUCGCUAUCAACUGUAUAAGCGUCAAACUGGCAAGCUACGUGCAGAACUUCUUCACAGCAGCCAAGCUUGUCAUCAUUCUCGUCAUUGUAGUGGCUGGUAUUGUUUUAUUAGCUCAAGGAAAGACACAGAACUUGUCAAAUGCCUUUGACGGCUCAUCAAUGUCUUUUGGAGCGAUUGGACUUGCCUUUUAUAAUGGUCUUUGGGCUUAUGACGGAUGGAAUCAAUUAAAUUUUAUCACAGAGGAACUGAGAAACCCAUACAGAAAUUUGCCCCUGGCCAUCAUCAUUGGGAUUCCUUUGGUAACUGUGUGCUAUGUUUUGGUCAACAUUGCCUACUUCACGGUUUUGACCCCCUCUGAACUACUGGUGUCUCCAGCUGUGGCUGUGACUUUUGGAGACAGAGUGCUUUACCCUUUGUCUUGGAUUGUUCCCCUCUUUGUUGCCUUCUCCACCUUUGGAGCUGCUAACGGGAGCUGCUUCACUGCUGGGAGACUGGCAUUUGUUUCCGGAAGAGAAGGUCACAUGGUGAAAAUUUUGUCCUAUGUUAGCCUGAGGCGCUACACCCCAUCACCUGCUCUUAUUUUUAAUGGUAUUUUGUCUUUAUUCUACAUCAUUCCAGCUGACAUCAACAGCCUCAUAAACUACUUCAGCUUUGCUCAGUGGGCGUUCUAUGGUCUGACGGCGUUGUCUCUUAUAGUGAUGCGCUUCACCAGGAAGGAACUGCACAGACCUGUUAGGGUGCCAAUUGUCAUAGCUGCCCUGAUUGUUGUGGUCUCUUGCUAUCUCGUCUUGGCUCCAAUUAUUGAUCAGCCAGAACUUGAGUACCUUUACUGUACAAUCUUCAUCUUUAGUGGACUCAUCCUUUACUAUCCCUUUGUCUAUCUUAAACCCAGAUGGGCACGCAGGAUCAUGAGGCCCAUCACCAUGCACCUCCAGCUGUUCAUGGAGGUAGUUCCUCCAGAAGAUUAUGAACCUGAGGACCCUAUGAAGUCUGUGAAGUUCUAAAAAAAGCAUCUCCAGCUUGAUGUGUGGAGUUCUUGGUCCACACCUACGUGGACCCCAGUGACGACCAGAGUCAGACAGACCACGCCUCUUCUGAAAAAACGGCAGACACAAAGUUCUUCAAGCUGUGCCUCCGAAUCAGUCAUGUGAAGUUUGAGAACAAAGCUCAUUAAUAGUCUCUCUGAAGUAUCACCUAAGAAUACAGUUACUCUCUGCACACAUCUUCCCUUUGGGGAAAUCCCCCAACGGCAUCAACUAAAUCAGCUCAAACAGAUUCCAAUGGCACCACCUUUCAUAGCAAAAAAAAAAAAAAUUCCAAAGAAGACUGGAGGCAAGCACUACUGUAGGUACUGUAUUUCUAAGGGCUUCAGUUUAGAGGCAUGGGGGAUACUGCUGAAAGUAUUAAAGGGUGAAGGACAUUAAGCCUCUGCAGAUCAUGCCACAGAAAAUGACAACAUUUUGCUCCUGAGGAUAAAAGUGAAAAUAUUGAGGAGUCUUCUAUGAUGCAUGUGUAAAGACUAAAUUCACGCUCACUGGUAGCACAACUUGUAGUAAUUCUGUUUUUGUUGACUUGGUGUUUGAUUACAGAUAUUUAUGUUGAUGAUCAUACAGGUUGUUUGAAAUUAACCCUUUCAGUUAAACCGGGCAUGUCCAAAGUCCGGCCUAGGGGUCACAUGAUUUUGUUCAAAUUUUUACUGACCCACCAUAAAAUCAUACUGUCAUAAAAUCAAUAACAUGCAGCCCACAGCACAUUUGAUUUAUUGAUUUGUGAUUGGCUAAAUGAUGUUAUAAGCCGCUGUAAACAUGUGGCAAAAACCUGUGACCUUAAGAGCCUUUAAGGUCAAACAAACAGAUUUAUUUGUUUCAAAACAACAAUGAUUAUACUUCUGAAGGAGAUAACUAUUUGUGUUAUUUUCAUGUUCACAUGAUUUAAAUUUUGAAGUUUACUGUAUGAAACAUUUCAUAUACCGUAAACCCAAAUUUAUUGUUGACAAAAGGCUUUUUUUUCUCCAGACAGACUUUUUCUUCAUUUUAACUCUGCCCACAAGUUCACAGUAAUCUGAGUAAAAAAUUAUUUACAUGCAUUUCUGUUCUAUGUGAAGAAAUUAAACAUUACAAACAUUUUUUUAAAUUAAAUAGUUCAUUUGCAUUUAAUAUUUUUAAAAGGCUUCAAAGAAUGCAAGCCGAAUGGUUGGCCCUCACACCUCUUUGCAAAAAGUUUGAACACCCCUGGUUUAAACAAAAUGUGAGAAAAUGUAAACUUACAAUGUACUCAUUUUGAACAAGUAUUUAUUAAGAAAGGGACACUGCAUUUUAAAUAUCAUUAAAAAACAAAGUGUAAAUAUACCAGAUUCUAACCAUAGGCUAAUUUCCAUCUGCAGUCCCCCGGUAGGUUGAUGUUUUUGAAGAGAUAAAACAGAUUUUAGGGAGGAAGAAAUGACACAUGAGAAUGUAAAUUAGAGUGAAAGGGAAUAAAAUACAAAUAGAAAUAUAAAACUAAGUAUAAUGUUUUCAUAUCAAGCUGUUAACCAAUAAAAUGCUCUGAUUCCUAGUCA